AUGGCCUCGACCGUUCUACCACCAAAAUUGUCUGCGACAGAAUUCCAGCGGGCCAUCGACAAGUUCAAGGAAGUCUUGGGAGGGGAAAAUGUUCGCUACCGCAACGAGGAGCUGCUAGCUUACCGUGACCCAUUCCCGAUCGCAACAACUGAGGAGCAUGCAAACUUGUGUUCCGCUGUCGUCCUGCCAUCGACAGUCGAAGAAGUCCAAGAAGUUGUCCGAGUCGCAAACCGGUUCAAUGUACCGCUGUGGCCUUUCUCUCGAGGCAAAAACAACGGAUACGGUGGACCAAGCUGUCGGGUUCAAGGCUCCAUUCUUGUUGACCUCGGUAGAAUGAGGAAGAUUAUCGAGGUGAACGACAAGGCUUGCUAUGCUUUGCUAGAACCCGGCGUUACCUUCUUCGAUCUGUUUAACUACUGCAAAGAGAAGAAGCUGAAGGUUUACCCAUCCGUUCCGUCGCUGGGAUGGGGCAGUAUCGUCGGCAACACAAUAGACAGGGGUUGGGGUUAUACGCCACUGGGUGAGCAUUGUGCCGCACAAUGCGGUUUAGAAGCUGUUCUGCCAUCGGGCGAAGUGAUCCGCACGGGUAUGGGUGCCGUAGCAGGUAGCCCUACAUGGCAAUGUUUCAAGCCCGGUUAUGGACCAUCAAUAGACGGUCUCUUCUUCCAGUCCAACUUUGGUAUUGUAACCAAACUGGGAAUUUGGCUCUACCCUAAACAGCAAGGCUUUAUGAGCUGCAACGUAUCGGUAGACAAAGAGUCUGAUCUGGUGCCACUCGUUGACCGGCUCGGCCAUCUCUACCGUACAGAGGUUCUACAAAACCACCCUGUUAUUGGCAACCCUAUUCGAUCAAUGGCCGCUUCUGGUCCACGAAAAACCGUCUACUCCGGAGAGGGGGCAAUUCCUAAUUGGAUCGUCGAAGAUUGGAAAAAUAAGAGCGGCAAGGGCUUCUGGAACGCAAGGUUUGCUCUUUACGGAACGGAAAAGAUGAUGAAUUGUCGUUGGGACGCUAUCAAGGCUGCUUUUUCCGACCUAGCGAAUUGCAAGCUCGGACAAGAGACAUAUCUGGCCGACGACCCGUCCGGCCUAUUGGACGCGGAGAAGGUUCCAGUAACAGAACAAGGCGGAACACAAAUCGGCCUUCCGAACAUGUUGCGACUGCAAUCCAUCAAGUUUAGGGGGGAAGACGGCGGGCACAUCAGCUUCUCCCCCGUCCUUCCUCCCGAUGGACAAGCCGCGCUCAAUUUUUACUUUGUCGGCAAAAAGAUCUGUGCAAGACACGGAUUCGACUUCCACGCCGGGUUCCAUCUGUAUCCCCAUCACAUGAUCCACCUCAAUCUUCUUUACUUCGAUAAUACCUCCAACUCCCAGAAGAAGGCAGCGGAGUUAUGCUUCUUUGAGCUUCUCGCAUCUGCCAGGAAGCAUGGUUACUCCGAAUACCGGACCCAUCUCAACUUUAUGGAUGCUGUUUCUGAUCAGUUCGACUUCAAUGACCACAUCCACCGGCGGUUCGUUGGGCAACUUAAGGACUGUAUAGAUCCCAACGGUAUUCUAGCACCUGGAAAGUGUGGCGUAUGGCCCAAGCAGUACAGGAUGGGUAAAUGCGUUAAGAAGCAGUCUAAGUUAUAA